AUGAGGCACAUGACGUGUUGAUUAGCUCUCCGGUAGAAGUGAAGGAGCUGAAUGCUAUAGAUGCUGUAAACUGUGUACCAGUACCGUGGGCGGUCUUAAUCAAAUCGGAACAGUGGGGAUUGUUGUGUGGUGAAAAUAUGGAAGACCUAAAACUCCAGGGUAUGUGCUUAAAAAAAGACCUAGGCAGGAGGUGGAAACUUCUGGGUGUAGUUGUUGUCUUCACCUGGCUAAUCCUUGUCCAUCUUCUAGUCAACGUGUGGCUUCUACUUUUGUUCUCUGCCUUAAUGGCUGCUGUUGGAGCCUGGCUUGGACCACAGUUCAUACUUGGAGGUGGAACUGCUAUUCACCUUGAGAGGUUUGUUGUGUUAGAGAAAAAUUCUCCGGCUGCAGAUACUGAGUUGUUAUUAGAUAAAGAGAUUGAACUAACUAUACAGAAGAUAAUUCAGGACUUUGUUUCAUCCUGGUACCGCCGGCUAAGCCAUGAGACAGAGUUUGAAGAUGAGGUAAGAGGAGCAAUGUGGCAACUUGCAAUGGAGUUAAAGAGGAGAAUGAAUUGUGCAGAUCGAGAGGAAUUAACUCGAAAGCUGUUAAUUCUUGGGGGCUGCCAUCUUCAGUGUUAUAAAUGGGCCAAAGCAAGAGUUGAAGAAAUCAAUAAUGUUUCUGAGAGAGAGCUAAGAUUAUGGGAUGCCUACCAAGAGCUUAGUCCUGCUCACAAGGCUUUGUCCAGCUCAGCAGAAGAGACCAGUCAUGCUAGAUGGCUAGUUGAUCAUGUGUUAAAAGAGCUUCUUCCAAGCCCACAUUUAGAAAGUCGGACAGGUAAACAACUGGUUGUAGAGUUAAUUGCUUGCAAUGUGGUGAUUCCCUUAGUAGCUAGGAUUUCUGAACCAGACUGGAUCAAUGUCGUUUUGACCAAUAUCUUCUCUAAAGGACCUCUUAAAGCUGAUGUAGAAAAAAGUGAGACUCCUCAUCAACCAGUGGUGCCAAAAUCACUGCCUUUGGGAAUCAACCAAGAAAUCUCACCACAAAUAGUAUUACCAUCACCACAAGUAAACAAUAUAUCCAAGUAUGAGAUCAUUGAUAGCUUAGAAAUUGAGCAAGAUAGUGAGUAUUCUGAUGAUUUGGGACUUUGCAAGGGAAAGAUAGAUGUUUUCUCGGGGCAUUAUUUGCAGCCCCCAAAUCCCACUAGUCCAUUUUUCCUGUGUGAGGAAUCUGAACUUGAAUCCCCCUUGUCUGACUUGGGUCAGGAACUGGAACCUCCACUAAUGAAUUCAUCUGAUGAUCUACUCUCUGAUUGCUGCUUGGACUCACUAACCCCAGCUGAGAGCCCCAUCAUAGCCCCCCAUGAGGAAAGUGGAGGUUUACUGGAAGAGGCAUCUUUUUCACUUCAAAGUGGAACUACAGGCCAUCCAGAUAUUUGUAUUGAGCCUACUGAAUUGACUACUGAAUUUACCACUCCACCUAAUGACAGGGAGGGUUUAAGCCCUAUUGAUGCUUCCCCCAUAAUCACAUCCUCCCCAACAGUUCCUCUACAUCCAUUUAGUUUUGUGCCUCUUAACAGCCCCGAUGGCCCUGUGAUUAUACAAAACCUUCGCAUCACCGGAACCAUUACAGCAAAAGAACACAGCGGGACUGGAUCUCAUCCAUAUACUCUAUAUACUAUUAAGUAUGACACCGUUUUGGACAGCCAAUCGCUGGGAAGUCUACAGCCAAUGGCAUACCAUACAGUCAACCGCAGGUACCGGGAGUUCCUCAAUUUACAGACCCGUCUGGAAGAGAGAGCAGAUUUGCGCAAGUUUGUAAAGCAUAUUAAAGGCCCAAAGAAAUUUCUUCCAGAGUUACCAUUUGGGAACAUGGACAGCGAUAAGGUUGAGGCAAGAAAAAGCCUUUUAGAGACUUUUCUGAAGCAACUAUGUGCUGUGCCAGAGGUUGCUAACAGUGAAGAGGUACAAGAGUUCCUGGCUCUGAACACUGAUGCCAGAAUUGCUUUUGUGAAGAAGCCAUUUUUUGUUUCACGAAUAGACAAGAUUGUUGUAAAUGCUAUUGUUGACACUUUAAAGACAGCGUUCCCUCGAUCAGAACCUCAAAGUCCCACUGAUGAGCUAAGUGAGAGUGAAGUGGAUGGAAAAUCUCAGAAUGAUAAGAAGAGUACCAAAUCACGUCUCCGAUUUCCAUCCAGUAAAAUCGCACCAGUGCUGAGCUCAGCUGAUACUCAAGAAAAGAUAAUGUAUUGUGUUCGAGAAGGCAGCACGGUUCUCGAUGUAUUAUCUGCAGCUGACAUGGAAUCCUUCAUUCAGAAGCAGGAGAAACUGCUGAUGGAGAAUGUUGCACCCUGUGAGAAGGCAUCCACCAUCAGCAUAUCUGAUAGAUUACAAUAUUCUGUCCAUGAAAGAAAGAAAACAAGUUUAGAAGGUAAUGUAACCACUAUUGCCCUAGAGGUGUUGUGGCUGGCAAUGAGGGAACAGUGGAGUUGGAUGUGCACCGACAACAUGAAGAAACUAACCCAUCUGUUAUGUGGCAGUCUGAUACAGAGCUCCAACUUACCUGGCCACCUAUGUUGGUUUGAAAUUUUUGAGGCAUAUUGUGAGAUCCAUUUCAUCUGUGGCCUAGAAUGUUUUUACCAUAGACUGAAUAAAAGUUAUGUUUUACAAUAACAUCAUGGAGGUAUGACUGUCUAUAUGAUUUACUUUCCUUUAAUCAGGGGCACGAGUGCAGUAGCACUGUAAUCCAAAACUGUAUUUUAAAGGGGUUGUUCACCUUCCAAGACUUUUUUCAGUUCAGUUGGUUUCAUAUAGUUCACAA